AUGCAGCGCUCAAUCAUCUAUUCCCUGCUGGCCAGCAGUGCCACUGCCUUCCCAUUCGUCUCCAAUGUCAAGGGAGUCGACUCGAGCCUUUUCCGUCGUCAGCAGGAUGGUAAGGGCCAGCUUGGUGGUCCUGAUAAUUGCCCAUACAAUCCUCCCGAGAACCAUGUACCGGCGGCGCCUGUAACCGACCAGUUUCCCUACAACAGUGCCAAAAAUGGUGUUCCUGGUAAAGGAAAGGGUGGCUUCCUCGUCCCCGAUCCUGCGGACGCAGCUCACAAAUUCAUUGCCCCUGACUACACACGCGAUAUUCGCGGACCAUGCCCCGGUCUUAACGCCGCUGCCAACCACGGUUUCCUCGCCCGCGACGGUAUCGUCACAUUCAAUGAGCUUGUCGACGCUCAGCAGAAUGUUUACAACGUCGGUUACGACUUGGCUGUCCUUCUUGCCGUUCUUGGUCUCACUACUACAGACGGCGAUGCCGUGACUAUGAAGCUGUCAAUCGGUUGUGAUGCCACCAACCGCACUUCAGUUGCUCCUCUUCUGACCGGCAGCCAGCCUGGUCUUGAUGGACACAACAAGUUCGAGGCCGACAGCUCGUUGACUCGUAACGAUUUCUUCACCCAUGGAGGUGACAACUUCAAGAUGAACGCCACUCUCUUCAGCAUGAUGACCGACACCACUGGUGGUCUCUACAACCUUGAGAACCUUGCUCUGUAUCGUGCUCAACGUUACGACCAGUCCGUUGCUGAGAACCCCAACUUCUACUUCGGUCCAUUCAGUCUGCUGCUAUUCGGAGCCGCAUCCUUCUUGUAUGAGCUGAUGCCCAGUGGCCCCAACUACACUCCUGAUGUACCUACAAUCUCGUCCUUCUUCGGUGCUGAGAAGGUCAACGGUGUAUGGCGAUUCAAUGGCAAGGAGAAGAUCCCAGAUAACUGGACCAACCGCGUUGAGCCAUACAGCAUCCUCGAUGUAGGCGCCCAGAUCUUCGCCAUGUAUGGCCUUCACCCCAAGGCUUUCGGCGGCAACACCGGCGAUGGGCAAUUCAACUUCGUCAACUUCGGCGACAUCAAAGAUGGCAAGCUGCCAGCCGCCCCUUCAGCUACCAGCGUCUCUUGCCUACUCUACAUGCUUGCCACCGAGCGUGUGCCAUCUUCGCUCAACGGUGUCAUUACCCCGACCGUCGAUGCUCUCUCGCUUGCCCUGAGCAAGCUCAACCCCCAGUUCAAGAACUUGGGCUGUCCUCUUCGCCUCACCUAA